UAAUUUUAUAUUAUUUAUUUCAGAUCAAUAUUGCUACAAAUUACCUCUAGAUUUAUGCUUUUGUCAAUUAUACGGGCUCAUUUGUUGCAAUGGUUGAUGCUGGAACAAAAAAGACUCUUGCUAGUAUACCCUUGUUGAAAACUAAAGCUGGACCAAGAGAUAAAGAUCUCUGGGUAACACGAUUGAAAGAAGAGUAUAGUGCUUUGAUUCAGUAUGUGGAAAUGAACAAGUCUCAAGAUAAUGACUGGUUUAGAUUGGAGAGCAACAAAGAAGGCACUCGUUGGUUUGGCAAGUGCUGGUAUGUGCAGGACAUGCUGAAGUACCAGUUUGAUGUCGAGUUUGAUAUUCCUGUGACAUACCCAGCCACAUCUCCAGAGAUUGCUUUACCAGAGUUGGAUGGCAAGACCGCCAAGAUGUAUCGAGGAGGCCGAAUUUGUCUCACCGAUCACUUCAAGCCUCUUUGGGCUAGAAAUGUGCCAAAAUUUGGCAUUGCCCAUGCCAUGGCUCUAGGGCUCGGUCCAUGGCUGGCGGUUGAGAUUCCUGAUCUGAUCAACCGAGGUGUGGUUGUGUACAAGGAAGGUGGGGGCGGUCCCGUCACCUCGUCAUAAGAUUUCCCUGACUGCACCUGAAUAAACAAACAGCUUGCUGAAGAUUCCGGACUUCCCUUUCUGCAGCCAACACGGCACCCAAUCAUCUUUACACGGCACCCAAUCAUCUUAGCAUACUAACGUCACCAAAUCAUCUUUGCACACAACACAGCACCAAUCAUCUCUUUGCAGACAACACGGCAGAAAAUCAUACAAUCUUCAGAUAUGGUCUGAUGGACUACAACGGAUUGGCUGUCGUAUCGAAGCUGCUAUUACCUGAAUAAUAAAUAUCUGUGGCAGCACAUCGAAAGUCAAGUUGCAAAUGCAUGUAAUUAAAACAUCCGCCAGCUGACCACAUGUUGCUCUUGGAACCCGUAAUUCCAUACUUAAUAAUUUUGCUUCAAUAAUAUGUGUGAUUGUUAAUGUUUUAUGGGUAGUGGUCCUUCAACUUGCAUUCAUGUAUCUUAUAAAAGUUGCAUUUCAUCACAGAACAAAGCACCAUCAUUCCGAGUUAGCUGCAUUAAAUUUCUUAAUUAUGGCGUAGAAGCGUCGAACAGUGGGCGAGUUAAUAAGCUUAAAUUAAACAGCAACAGAGCAAUCAAAAUAUCUUGUACGUCUUUACACGGUAACUCUGAGGCCGUGUAAAGAGGCUUAGCUCAAUUGUUGCUAGGUUAUGAAUCCCUUUGUUCGAGGACCACUACGGCCGCAAACUAACAGCUCGAAAAUUGAACUAUCUGAAUCUCUCGCUUUCUCGGCCUCAUAAAAUAAAUUGUCGUCGCCUUCUGCUGUCAUUACAUAUAAAAUAAUACUGUUGACUCUAUGGUCUUGAAAUAUUCCUCCAUUCGGUCUUUAUAUUUCCUCGUAUCUUCCUUUUUCUUUGAUUUAUUUCUCUAAUUGUCCAGAUUUCCAUAAGAAGGCUGAUGUGCAAUCAUUCCUUAAACUGCUGUCAAGGAUAUUUUUUUUUUUAAGUGAAUAUCGUUGCGCGAAACGGUAGUUUGCUGUCGUGCCGAUUUUAUACUUAAUUUAAGGGUCUAGAUUUUAGUAGAAUCAUGACGUUUGGGAAAUAAAAUAUAUAUUAUAAUUGUA